UUCAUGGACUCUAUCAAACAAAACAGAUUAGCUUUAAAGUGUGACCGUGAGUGAAACGCAACUGAUAUAUUACAUUUUUCAACUGUGUCUAAAUCUGACACUAUAAUGAAGAGGUUUUCUGUGAACUGUUUCCACUCUUUGGAACUGCAAGUGGCCUCUACACUAAGCUUUGAAAGAGCGAGUUGCUAUUUUCGUCGUCAUGGGUCGUCCGUGUCUUCGCAUAGAUGGAAGCUACGACAGAGCAAAGAUCCUUUCGUGGAGUUGGCUAAAGAGCGAGGCUUCAGAUGCAGAUCUGCGUUCAAACUGUUGGAAUUGAAUGACAAGUUCCAUUUACUGACACCAAAUCGACCAGCAGCUGUAGGUACCUCGAAGACUGAUUUACUGGUUCUGGACGUGGGUGCGGCACCUGGUGCUUGGAGUCAAGUUGCGGCGAGUGUCAUUUGCAACAAACAGGAUGAGAAGACAGUGCAGUUCCAGCCUGGUUGUCGUGGGGUGGUGGCAGUUGAUCUGCUGGAUAUUGAGCCAAUAGCAGGCGUGCAUGUGAUGAGUGGUUUCGACAUCAUGAAACAGAACACAUCCGACCAGAUUGCUCUACUCACGCAAAACAAAAAGUUUGACGUGAUCCUAAGUGACAUGGCUCCCAAUGCAAGUGGAAUUGCUGGUCUAGAUGCAGACAGGCUUCUAGAAAUGAACUCACACCUCUACCACAAAAUAGCUCUUCUUCAACUGGCCCGAGGUGGCUCGCUAGUGCUCAAAUUCUGGCAAACUCCGGAAUUGAAAGAAUUUUCGACAAAGUUAAAAGAAAAAUUCGAGUUGGUUAAAACUUUCAAGCCGAAGUCGAGCAGGAAAGACUCGAGUGAAAUCUAUGUUAUUGCGAAAAAAUUCAAAUAA